AUAGUUCCACAGUACUCGUGUCGUUGUCAGUACUAAAUUUCUCAUAACGCUCUAAUUUACUUUAAGAAAUGGAGCAGUGAGAGCUUGAAAAAUAUCUAGAAUAAACAUGUUGUGUUUUCGUGCAGAAAAUAUGAGUUUUAAGGCCCGUGGAUUAAUACCUGACAUUUGCACGGUGACAGCGCAGCGCAGCGCAGAGCUGGGAUGACACGAAACAGCUCGCAGGAGCAGAUCGUUGCAUGUUUGGAUUUUUAAUUAUUUGAAAAAAAAUAAAAAAUAUUUUUUAAAAUGCCCGGAAUGAUGGAAAAGGGAUCUGAGUACCUCGGAAAGGGGCGUUCAAAUGGAACGAAAAGUCCGUCCAACGCGUCGAAUGGACAUUUUUCUGAAGAGAGUGGCAGCGACGAGGAGCAUGAUGUUGGAAUGCGAGUGGGAUCUGAAUACCAAGCCACAAUACCGGAAUACGAUCCUGGGUCCACAAAGUACAGCGAGAAGGACAGUGGAGGGAUGCUUGUGUGGUCUCCUUAUCACACCAUUGUUGACACUAAAUUGGAUGAAUAUAUUGCAAUUGCAAAAGAGAAGCAUGGAUAUAAUGUUGAACAGGCCUUGGGCAUGUUAUUUUGGCACAAGCAUAACAUCGAGAAAUCUCUGGCUGACCUGCCCAACUUUACCCCCUUUCCUGAUGAAUGGACUGUGGAGGACAAAGUGUUGUUUGAGCAGGCCUUCAGCUUUCACGGCAAAAGUUUUCACAGGAUUCAACAAAUGCUGCCAGACAAAUCUAUUUCCAGUUUAGUGAAGUACUACUACUCUUGGAAAAAGACGCGUUCCCGGACAAGUUUAAUGGAUCGACAGGCCCGAAAAUUAGCCAGCCGAAGCAAUCAAGACGAAAGUGAUGAAGAAAUGGAAGAAGCCAAUCCAAUUGAAGCGAAUGAUAGUGACUAUGAUCCAACUAAGGAGACUAAAAAAGAGCCGAGUCACGCUGAGCCACCAACCCCAACUACUAAAAUUGGGAUGGGUCGUCGGGAGCAUCAGACUCUUCAACAUCGCCACCAUUCCCAGCGAUCCAAGUGCCGCCCCCCCAAAGGCAUGUACCUCACUCAGGAGGAUGUGGUAGCUGUCUCCUGUAGCGCCACUGCUGCGAACACUGUCCUUAGACAACUGGAUAUGGAACUAGUCUCCUUGAAAAGACAGGUGCAGAAUGCAAAACAGUUGAAUAGUGCUCUUAAACAGAAACUCGAAAAUGGUAUUGAGGAGUUACGAUUGCCUGAGUGCAACCAGAAAGUUAAUGCCCGUUGGACAACUGAUGAGCAGCUUCUUGCAGUUCAAGGUGUUCGGAAAUAUGGGAAAGACUUUCAAGCUAUUGCUGAUGUUAUCGGUAACAAAACUGUAGGUCAGGUAAAAAACUUCUUCGUGAAUUACCGUCGCCGAUUUAAUCUUGAAGAAGUGCUCCAAGAGUGGGAGGCAGAGCAGGGAACACGUGCCCCCAACGGUGAUACCGCUACCUCAGGGGAAGAGGGGAAGAAUAGUUCCAACACUCCUUCAGGGAAGAGUACGGAUGAAGAGGAGGACGAGGGCCAGAUGACCCCAGCAUCAGGCCCAUCACCUGUGGCUCAGGCCUCGCUGGCCCAGACCUCGGCCACCGGCACAGCCUCCCUGAACCAGCCCCCGCCCCUGCUGCGGCCAUCACUGCCCGCCACCCCUGCCCUCCACAGACAGCCACCACCCCUGCAGCAGCAGGCUCGCUUCCUCCGGCCCGCGCUCAACCAGCCUCCGCCCCUCAUCCGGCCCUCCAACCCCAUGCCCCCCCGCCUCAACCCCAGGCCCUCCAUGCCCACCGUCAGUGGCCAGCAGCCACCCACGCUGAUCGGCAUCCAAGCUGAGACACCAUCUUCCUCAUUGCACUGAGAACAUGCAGUUUUGCAAGAGUAAUAUCAUGGUUUUGUCUACCCCUUCCCUUGCCCUCCCAAAACUCCUCUUACAAUAGUCUUAACCCAUUUUGGACUAAAAUAUUGUAUGUUGUGUAUAAGCAGAUAUCAUUUGUGGCUUUGUAUUUAUUUCUGAACUGUGCAAAUUAAUAGAUGUUGUUUGACAAGUGUAAAAAAUUUUUUGUUUGCUAC